AUGCACCCCCUCUUUCCUCCAGAACUCGUCCGAGAAAUCGCCAACUACCUCGACACACGCGACCUUCUCAGAGCCCUUCUUGUCAACAAAGACUGGUGCUCAACCUGGACACCUUUACUCUGGGCCGAUUUCACGGUAGUGAGCUCCUCCCUCACAAGGGACAUCAUCGGCAAGAAGUUCCAACCUGUCCUCGCGCGACAUGGGACUCAUAUCCGAAACGUCUUUGUCCGGCACGAGCCACACAUCAAGGUCCUUCAAGCUCUGUGUGUGGCUGUUCCGGCACCUUUGUUGAGUUUGUCAUCGCUUUGUGUGUCGACCAGGCUGGACCUCGAGACGAAUGUGGAUCGGUUGAUUGAGAUUCUGAAGAGGAGCCCUCAGUUGCGCAAUUUGGAUGUCACCAAUACUCCGGUCCCUGGUGCUUGGUUCGAACGGCUCUUGGGCGUCAUUUCGCCAGGUCUUCCUCGGUUAAAGUCCCUCAAGUUGAUGCAUAUGCAUGUACAUCCCAAAGCGAGUCCAUUGGCGCUGAGGACGUUCCUGGAGACCUGCUCGUCAGAACUUGAGACCCUUGUCGUCAAGUUUGGGAUCUCGUGCCCGCUCAUGCUGUUUAUGGCUCCUCCACCGAUGACCAUUCCUGGGACAAAGUCCCAUCCGAAACUCAAGGUCUUGCAGCUCGAGGUGGGGUACCCGUCCAUGAGUGGGCCUAUGGAGCCGAUCUUUCCGUGGAUCCUGAAUGGGUUUCUGGAAGGAUGUAGUGGGUUGGAGGUUGUGGACGAUCGGUUCUUUCCAUUUGAAGGGAGACGGCAGUGGUUCACAGAUGACAUGUCGAUUUUGAGGACCUUGCAUGGCGUCAUGGGCGUUGCCUUUCGGAACUGUUUCUGGAGGCAGCAGCAUUCUGGACAGGUCGUCGCUUCGCUUGAGGGGACUUUGUCUGGUGAGCUGUCAGAUCUGAACGCGGAUGAUCGUGGUGUUCAGGAAGUUUGGCAAGGCAUCAAUCUAGGAGACUAUGACUCGAGCACCAUCACGGAAGAAGACAGGAAGGCCAUAACUCAUGCCGCAUCACAACGAGGAUUUCAAAAGCUCGUUAUCAACAACAAGGACUGGCUGUCGAGCGAGGAUCUGUUGGUUAUCUUGCGGACCUGUCCUACUCUCCGGGUCUUGGAAUGUGGUUACGAUCGAUACCCUUCUAUCACGGCCACGGAACUCACUCGGCAACCCUGGUCGAGCAAAUGGCUGAAGGUGCUUCACCUGAUUAUAUCGGGGAUCCCGAGGCCGGAUAUCAAAACCGAUGCUAGGGACCAGCCCAUCCCCGCAGGAACUCCUUUUCACACAGGAGAUAUGGAAGAGAGUCGGGUCUUGCAGAGAAAAGUGUGCGCUCAACUCGGGGCGCUAGUGUGUUUGGAGGAUCUCUGUUUGGGUUACAGUCUUGCAAGAGACAUGGUCGCCGAAACCGACAAUGAAGGCUCCGAUGAUAGUGACGACAACGAUGGUCGGGCGGUCAAAAAGUACAACCCGUUCCUACAAUUAACCUGCUUGGAACUGACGCUCGAGAGCGGACUGGAUCUGUUAUCAGAACUCAAAUCGCUCGAGUUUUUUUCGAUCUGGGGGAUGGACCACCGGAUCGGGAGGAAGGAGUUGUACUGGAUGCAGCGGAAUUGGCAUUCUGUCCGCAGGGUGUUUGGGCUGCUGCCGCUACCGUACCAAGGGUCGAUGCGACAUUUUGGAUCUGACCCCUCAGUUCUCUCCUGUCGAGUCGCCUUCAGCAUUAUGUGA